AUGGUCAAAGAAGCAGGUCCCAGCGGCGGAAACAGCAGUUCCAACCAGCCGACAUCCUCAGUCGCUGGGGGCACAAGUGCUACGCCCACGCCUGCCAAUAAUGUCGGUGGCGGCUCCGGUUGGGGAGACAAGCUCUGGUUAUCAGGUCAAAAUCAAGGACAGGGUCAUGCAGAUGCAACAGAUGCUAGAUCAACAAUGGGUUCAUUUCUCGGUCUAAACGAUCAGAAAUCACGCGCCGAGAGCAAAUACCUUCAGCGUGCAGGCUUGGCUGGAGAUAGUUCCAGGCCUGUGAAUGACCAAGGAGAGCCGACCUGUGCGAGCGAGGAUCAUUCGUUCAUGGGACGAAAGCCUGGUAAUGAGGGUUCUUUGCCUGGAAUGGAGACUAUCAGGAAUAUGACUAGUUGGUAA